AAACAAUAGUUCUAAUGGUUCCAGCUAGCAUUUAAAUUCAAUGACUAUCUCUUGUUUGUGUCUUUGGGUUUCAUUUCAGUUUAAGGACAUUUAGUGCGUUUAUAUACAUAGACUUGCAUGUGUUUUAAACACGUUAUGUAAAUUCAUUGGAAGAUUUGGAUAAAAGGAAGCAAACAAGCAGCAAGUUCGAAAAGAUUAUAGAUCGUUUUUACGAUGUUUAAUUUUAUGAAGAAAGGAGUUUUAGUGGCAUCAGGAAGUGCUAGCGAUAGAGAGAAGGCUGAGAGGGAGGAAAAAGAGAAACGAAAGCGUGAAAAGAAACAACGCAAAGAGGGUAAAAAUGCAUCGGGAGUACCGGGCAGCAUGAGCACCGAGGAGUUGUUACGACUGGAUGAGGCAAUACAUGUUCGUCGUUCCCUUAAAAUACGAGGACGUCGGAAGGAGAAGGAAAAAUUGCCUAGUGGAAUAACAGCUGAUUACAGUGCCGAGUUUUUUGCAGCAUUAAAUGCUGACGCUUCGGGUGGAAGUGAAUUAGAUCGGGGAAAUGAGGAAAUUGUAGCAUCUGUAAACACUACUAUAGAGAGUCGCUAUAACGGUAGCGGUAAUACGAGUAUACAUUCCAUUUCAGAAUCAUCUGCUUACUUGGGUGACGUCUCCAAGAGUCGUUUCAUGCUCCCUGUGCCGCCAAAGCCACCUAAACGUGGUAUACUCAAAGGAUCUCGAAGUAACAUUAGCAAUAUACAUGAGGAAAUAACAGUGGCAUCUCCAGAUGCACUGAUUCGCAACACAAUGCAAAAUGAGAUGAUUUUCGAUGGCAACCGAAGUAUGGGCUGUGCUGGAUCUAUUGGUUCGAGUUCGAGUCAGCAUGGAACUUCGUUUACGUCAGUGGAAAGUUUACGCAGUGAUGAAGGUGGCAUUCAACGUGCCAUGACUUUGCCAACUAGUGCUCGUUAUACAACACAUGUACCGCAUGCAAACCUUAGAGUUAUGACAUCACCUUCCCCAAGCGCCGAUAGUCUUACAGAUACCACAAAUUCCUCAUUUGCCACACCGCCAUUCUCACUUAGCCCCAUUGGAGAAUCUCAGGGCAUUGAGCGCUGGUCUAGGGUGCAAGCAUUUGAAGAUGCUGAUUUACCCCUGCCACCAAUAAGUUUGGUUAAACUGCCACCGGCAAGAUCAUUAACUAUUCGACGCAAAAAGUCUCCCAGGCAAGAUUUUGGCUUCAGUUUACGUAAAGCCAUUUGUUUAGAUCGAACUGAGUCAUUGGCAAAUCCUGUUUUUAAGCCGGUCAUAUUUGCCGAACCCGGUGCUGGAGGUGGCUCUACCGGUUUAUUACCCGGGGAUCGUUUGCUAAAAGUCAAUGGAACACCAGUAUGCGAUUUAUCACGAGAACUUAUCAUUGAAAUGAUAAGAACUAGUGGAGAAUCAGUUACCGUUGAAGUCCAACCCGUUUCGGAACUAGUUGAACUAAGUCGUCGAUGUAUGCCACAAAAUAAUACACAUGAUGUCGACGAAACUGAUCGUGCUCUUCUCAAUGUCAAUAAUUGUAAUACUUUGAAACGCAGUGCUAGUAAACGAAUAAAGUCUCGCAAUGCCAAUGAAUUGCAGCAACAAAAUUCGCAUGAAGAAAGCUCUAACUCUGUUACAAACGAUGGAAACUGCAAUAGUGACCAAGUAUGGUUGGUACAUCGUGGCGGUUUCUGUGCUGCUUUACGUUUGCCACAAACCAAAGCACAUUUGGAUAAUCACAAGGUUGUCAUACAACUCUUGCACAAUGGCGAAGAGAUGACCGUAGACGAGGAUGAUGUGGAAAAACAAAAUUCUCCAUCGUUAGACUUGGUUGAAGACAUCUGCGAAUUGAAGCAUUUAAAUGAGGCGUCAUUAUUGCAUUGUCUACGCCAACGUUUUGCCAGCAAUCUAAUUCAUACCAAAGCAGGGCCAACAUUGUUAGUAGUCAAUCCAAUGGCACCUUUAUCAUUGUAUUCUGAAAAGGUGGUGUCGAUGUUUCGCGGAUGCAAGACUGAAGAUAUGCCUCCGCACAUAUAUUCUUUGGCUCAAACCGCCUACAGGGCAAUGCUAGAAUCUCGUCGCGACCAAAGUCUAAUAUUCAUGGGUCGUUCUGGUUCUGGCAAAACAACUAGUUUUAAACACGCACUUUAUUACAUGGCGUUGGCAGCUGGUUCCGUUAACAAUUUCCUAAAUGCUGAAAAAGUGAAUUCGGUCAACAUUAUUCUGGAGGCUUUCGGAAAUGCAAAAACCUGUUUGAAUGCGAAUGCUACACGUUUAACCCAGUUAUUAAGUUUGGAUUUUGAUCAGUCUGGACAAAUAGCUUCGGCAUCAUUACAGGUUUUAUUGCCCGAACGACAAAGGGCUGGUCGCCGACUGAACAACGAACACUGUUUUCACAUAAUGUCCCGUUUGUUGGCUGGUGCCGCAGGAUCAUUGCAGAAGGAGCUGCAUAUUGAUAGUCUACCCGCGGAAGAUAAUCAUCCGUUUGUGUCAUUGUCACAAAAACUUGAAGACAGACAACGUGCUGCUGCGGAAUUCAUGAGAGCCGUUCAAGCAUUUGAAACAUUAAAUAUAGAUGCAAAGGCUGUUAGAGGCAUAUGGAGCAUUUUAGCGUCGAUAUAUCAUUUAGGAUUGGCUGGUGUUACUGUUGUUGGUGCAGGACCUACCGCAAGAAUUCAAUUUGCUAAUCCGUCAGCGGCUAGAAAGGCAUCAACGUUAUUGGGUGUGUCGUUAGAAGAUUUAUCGGGCGCUGCUUUUAAUGUUAACACAUCUGGUAGUACAAGUCCAUCCAAGACAUCUGGGGAUAAUAUUGAGUGUGCGUGGGAAAGUUUAGAUGCCUUGGUCAUCGGCUUAUACUCUGAAGCAUUAGCGGCUGUAGUAGCUCUGAUAAACAAAGCAAUUUGCACUUCUGCGCAUACUAUAGCGUCAAUUGUUUUAGUAGACACGCCUGGAUUUCAAAAUCCUGCAAGCUGUGGUUCUCAAAUUGGGGCUACUUUAUCGGAUUUGAAACACAAUUAUCUACAGGAACGCUUACAAUUAUUAUUCCAUCACAACACAUUGGUCGCUCCUAGAGAUCGAUAUGCACAGGAAUUAGUUGAAAUUGAUACUGAAUGUGUGGGUGACUCAAAUCCGGGACCCUUGGUUUCACUUAUCGAUAAAGCUCCACAAAAUCAUGUGGUGCGUUCGUCUCAAAGAGAUCUGCGCGAACAAGAUCGACGUGGUUUGCUGUGGUUAUUAGACGAAGAAUCAAUAUAUCCCAAUUCCAAUGACGAUACAUUCCUUGAGCGUUUAUUUUCCCAUUAUGGCGAUCGUGAACAUCAAACAUUAUUACGCAAAUGCACGGGUCCAAAGCAGUUUGUUCUUCAGCAUUUACAGGGAACCAAUCCCGUUUUGUACAGUGUUAAUGGUUGGGUACAUAAUAGUCGCGAACAUCCCUCCAUUCGCAAUGCCGGUUCGUUGCUUCAAGAUUCAUCCAGAGAUGAAAUCAGCCGUCUUUACAUUGGCUCUCUCACCCGCAGUUCUGGUGGUAUAGUAUUUUGUGGCUCAUUUGCUGGCCUUGAAGGCACCCAAUCAUUAAGAAGAGUAUCAAGUAUUAGAAGAUCCUUUACUUCAGCAGGUGUAAAACGUAAUUCCGUAAUGCUACAGGUUAAGUUUACGGUUGAUGGCAUUAUCGAUACUUUAAGACGUACUGGGACACAUUUUGUACACUGUUAUCUCUUGCAACACAACGCUGGACAACAUUCUGCAUUCUCAUCAAAUGGUUCUCCCAAUACAUUAGCCGUUCAAAAUUCCAAAGAUGAUUUGGUCAAUGUACCAUUAUUGCGAAGUCAGCUGAGAGGAUCUCAGGUUCUGGACGCUGCCAGAUUACAUCGUUUAGGUUUUCCAGAAUCAGUUCCCCUAGCAGAAUUUGUGAGACGGUUUGGUUUGUUGGUAGUCGAAUCAAAUAAAGAUAUUACAGUCGAACAAAUAUUGUCUUCCAAUGAAGUUGAUCCGGCUACAUAUCGUAUUGGACCAAGUCAGAUCUUAUUUCGUUCAGGUGUUUUGAGUGAAUUGGAAGCAAAACGCGAUGAACUAUUAUCGGAUCGCAUUAUUCAAUUGCAGGCAUAUUGUCGUGGUUACUUAGCACGUAAGGCAAUGGCUCAAAGAAGAGUGCAAGAACUUGCUGUCCGAUGCAUACAACGUAAUGUUAAAGCAUUCCUUGUUGUGAGAGAUUGGCCAUGGUGGCGACUGUUAGUACGUGUUAUGCCCUUAUUAAAUGUUCAUCGCACUGAGGAACAACUUAAAAUCGCAAAUGAAGAACUUCUAACACUUCGAGCCAAACUGGAGAGAAUUGAAAAUGAUCGUAGCGAACUUAAGACUGAAAAUCAAAAACUGGAACUCAAGUUAUCAGAAAUGACGGUAGAUUUAGCAGAAGAACGUUCUACGGCUAAUAUGGCAACAGAACGUUUGGAAGCUGAAACUGGAGAGCGUCUCCGUCUGGAAAAGGAGCUGUCGGAAAAGGAAGGCAAAGUAAAGAACUUGCAGGAAUCUACAGAAAAACUCGAAAUGGAAUUAAUUUGUGCCAAAUCCGAUUUGAAUGGCAUUUCAGAAGAAGAAGAAGAUCUAGAGAUCGAGGACGGUGGUUCAUCAGGCGGUAUAUACAAACUUAAGUAUGAACGUGUGGCUAAAGAACUAGAAUUUACCAAAAGACGUUUGCAAACACAGCACGAGCAUGAUCUGGAGCAACUAAUUGGACUGAAAAAACAAUUGGAAAAGAAGCUCAAUGACGCUUAUGAAGAGGUCGAAGAACAGCGUCAAGUUGUUGGCCAAUGGAAACGCAAGGCUCAAAAAAUGACCAAUGAAAUGAACGAUCUAAGAAUGCUUUUAGAGGAGCAAAACGGCCGCAAUAAUGUUUUGGAGAAAAAGCAACGAAAGUUCGAUUCUGAAUGUCUGGCAUUACAAGACACCGCUCGUCAAGAACGUCAAUCGAAGGAACGUUUAUCCCGAGAAAAUGAUAUACUAAUUGCUGAAAAAUUUACACUAGAACAAUCGUUAGCGGACACUCGUCUUGAGCUUGAUCUCAAGGAAGAGAAGUUGGCAUCGUUACAACGGGAGUUGGAGGAAAUGACAUUUGGUGGCGGUACUGAAGAGGAGAUUGCCCAGUUAAGACGGUCCAAAAAUGAAUUGGAUAGACGAGUCAAAGAACAAGAAGAGGAAUUGGACGAAAUGGCAGGUCAAGUUCAGUUGUUGGAGCAAGCUAAAUUACGCUUGGAAAUGACAUUGGAAACAAUGCGCAAAGAAGCGAGAAGAGAGGCUCAACAAAGGGACGAAGAACUGGAAGAAGCUCGUGGUAGUGCAUAUAAGAAAAUCAAAGCGCUUGAAUGCCAACUGGAGACUGAACACGAGGAACGAACUCUGUUAUUACGAGAGAAACAUGAAUUGGAACGCCGCCUUUCAUCAAUGGAAGACCAAGAUCGUGUGGAUCGACAAGCUGAAGAGGCCGCUAAUCAAAAAAUACGACGGGAUUUGCGUAAAUAUAAAGCACUACUUAAAGAUGCUCACGCUCAAUUGGAACGACUUAAGGCGGAUACACCUGGCAAGACUUUGAUACGUCAACUACGUAAUCAACUUGAGGAUGCAGAGUCAGCGCGCACUUUAGCAAUGAAGGCGCGUCAAACAGCAGAUGCCGAUUUGGCCGAAGUACAAUCAAUGUAUGAAGAGUCUAACAGAGCACGCAAUGAAGCUGAGGAUCGUGCGAACGCUGCCCAACGUGACCGUACCGAACUCCAAGCUCAAAUAGAAGAAAAUGAGGAAGAAUUGGCCGAACUCAUGAAAAAGUAUAGUGCAGCAGUCAAACAGCUUAAUACCGAACAAAUUGCUGCAUCAGAAUAUGAAUUUAAAUUGUCGGAAUUGGAAGCAGAACGAAAUAAUCUCAAAGAGCAAAUAGCAGAAUUACAACACAGACUGGAAAAUAUCGAAAAUUUGACAGAUCCCUCCGCGGCUAUGAUGUCAAAACGAUUGGAAUUACGUACCAAAGAAUUGGAAUCACGAUUAGAAUUAGAACAGGCCACUAGAGCUCGUUUAGAAGUUCAAGUGAAUCGUCACAAAGAAGGCUUGGAACGGCUACAAAAUGAAGUUACUCAAGCUAAAGUUCGGGAAGUACAGGCCCAAGAUGCUCUAAAAAAGUCUCAGAAAAGUUUAAGGGAAUUGCGAGAAGAAUUCCACGUAGUUUCGGGUAGAGAACAGGAGUCUGUAACAAAACGUAAGGAUUUAGAAAAGAAAAUAGAACAAGUCGAAUCUGAAUCGACUGCUCUGAAAAAUGAUUUGCGAUUAGCUCUACAACGUAUUGCUGAUUUACAACAAGCAAUGGAAGAAGGCGAUGAAGAUUUAACAGACAGCGAGGAUUCGCACACUUCGGAUGGCUCUCUUAGCGAUCUAGAAGAUCGCCUAAAACCUAUACAAGUACGACGAUCAUCUCUACAAAAACAAAACGGCGGCUCAGUUAGUACCACCACCACCUUAGUCCGUGAGAAAGCAGAUAAUAGUCCCAGAAUCACCUUGACCUCACCCUCCUCUCCGCAUAUACAUAAAUUGGUACUGACUGCCAAAAAAUUACUUGAUGAUGACCCCAAACAAUCUUCAUUGACAACAUCCAAUAGAGACUCUUUAAAAAAUGGUGAUGUUUCUUAAGUCUACUAUGGUGGACUAUGAAUUCAAGUACAUAAACAAAUUGGUUGUAAUUUUAUUUAAAAGAAAAACAAAACAAAAAACUGGCACAAUGUUUUUUAACAAGCUUUAAUCUUUAAAAUAGAACCACGAAAAAUCUUAAAGAUCUUAAAGUACUACGUGUUUGCGUUUGCUAAAAUUGUAAUACAUACAUGGAAAAUUUUAUCUUAAACAUAAAAUAUAAAAAAUAGCAUAACACACAAAAAGAAAAACACCACCUAAGAUUAAUUAAAUAAUUUUUUUUUAAUAGAAAUUAAAAUAUGAAUAAUCACGGGAAAUAACGUUAUUUUUAUAAUACAUUUGAAAUUCAAACUGUUUCCUUAUUAUUAAUCGAAUUGGAAAUUAAAAUAAAAGAAAAGAAAAAUAUAUACAAAUUGGAUAAAAAGGUAUUUAUUGUUGAAUGAAUCCUUGCAAAAAAAAAAAACAAAAAACACACAUAGAUAUUUAUGUACUUUAUUAAUAGAAUUAUAGAAGCGUCUAGUAUAUUCUAAUUUAUUACUAUUUUUCUUUAGUUAAAUCGAUUGUUUUUAAUUAUUAUUUUAUUUCAUCUUGUAUUUAUCAAUGUAUAGUUUUCUUUUUUUUUUGUUUCUUUAUUAUUAAUUAACAUCAAUAUAUUUCUUUAUUAUUAAUAAAUAUUUAUUUUAUAUAAAAUGAGCGAAUCAUUAAACAAACUAAAAAAAAUAAUAAGCAAAUAAUUUAAAAUGAAAUAAAUUACAAACAUAAUCAUACUACCUAUGUAUUUAAAAUUAGACUUAUUUAAUUAUUUUUGUUAUUAUUGAUCUAUUAUUAUAAAUAAAUGAAUGCAUUAAAAUAGUUAUGGUUAAUUUAUUAAUUAUUUUUAUCAAUAACAUAAGAAGAAAGAAAAUAAUCGUUCAAUAUUUAUACAACCAACAUACACAUAACCCAAAUCUACAUACGAAAUAAACGUAUGUAUGUAUUUAUAAUUUAAUUAAAUCAUAUUAUGCAUACAUUCAUAUAACAAAUUACAUAAAUAACAGCAAUUAACAUAAAAUAUUAGGUCAAUAUUAUUUAAGUCAUUUACGUACAUAAAAACAAUUAAAUCAAUACAAUAACACUCUAACCAACCACACAUCCUAUAUCGUGAAAAUCCUAAAGUUCCAGUAAAUCUUUUUUGAUUAAACAUUUUUUAAAAACUCAAAAAUUAAUUGUCAUUAGAAAUUUUAUACAUAUAUUGCAAUCAUAAAAUUAAUAAAAAUAGCUAAACCUCAUUAAUAAUCGUAUCAUCAUACAUAAUAUUAAAAGAAAAUAAACAUUUUAAUAAUAAAACAAAACAAAAAA